CAGGUGUGUGAUGGACCUGCGGCGUUUAAUCUCCUGCGCGGCGUUGUUUGUCUUACUGUCAGGUGUUGAAGGAGGCUGCAGCAGAAAUCAGUGGCAGUGUGAUGAUGGAGUGUGUGUGUCGCACAGAUGGCGCUGUGACGGUGUCAGUGACUGCCAGGAUGGGUCCGAUGAGAUGGACUGUGUAUGUCAGCCUGGAGAUUUGCAGUGUGCGGAUGGCUCCGGGUGUGUGAUCGGGUCGGGUGUUUGUGACGGGCAUCCACAGUGUCCCGACGCUUCAGAUGAGUGGGACUGCAGCAGGCGUUUAGGGUGUCUGGCAGGUGACUGGAAGUGCAAGAACAACAUUUGCAUCCCACAAGAGCUUCUCUGCAAUGACGUCAACGACUGCGGUGACAACUCUGAUGAAGAAACCUGUGCUUCCUGUGGGAAGAUGAACCUCCGCUGUCCUGAUGGCACGUGUCUAACCCCGAGACAGAGGUGUGACGGAGUUGCUCAGUGUUCAGAUAAGAGAGAUGAGCCUCUUACAUGUGGUAAAAGUUGUCUUAAUGGGAACGGUGGCUGUAGUCAUGCUUGCAUUGACCAGGUUUGGGGAGCUUUGUGCACUUGUCCCACUGGGAUGACCCUUUCUGCAAAUGGACUUGAUUGUGAAGAUGUCAAUGAGUGUGCCCAGUCUUUCGGACCUUGCAUGCACUUGUGCACAAACACACCCGGCUCUUUUCGGUGUCUGUGCCAGAAUGGUUUCAAAGCUCUUGGAAACGGCUCUUGUGAACCUCAAGGAGCCAUGACGAAGAUCUUGACCUCCAGGAAGGGGCUGAUUGGGUUAGUGAAUGUGAAGACCAGAGUCUAUGAACCGCUCUUUGCAAUUGAGAGCGAACCUAUAGCCAUGACCUACGAUAUCCAGAGAAACUUCAUCUACUGGGCUGAUAAAGAUGGGAAUAUCUACCAGGCUUUGAACCGGAAGAGCAUGAUUCUCUAUAAAGGUCAGUUGUGCGCUACAUGCAUGCAUAACUGUCUAAAAAUGUUGGCCUACAUCUAA